UCACUCCCUGCCUUUUGGACGGCUAAAUUUUUCAUCAGCCAAGAAAACAGCGUGAAUCUUUUCAAUCUUACGUCGUUCUUUUGGUUAUCUUUGCUUUACCCUUUUUCACCUUUUUAUUUAUAUUUUAUUUGGCUUUACCUUUAUGCGCUUUGAUAUAGCAACCUAUGCACUAACCUCGACGCUCACAUUCACAGUAGCAUUCGUUAUUUCUCUACGCUUAUUUGUCGAAUCAGAGUUAUACAAAAGCGUCUCGGAAUGCUACGCCGCUUAUGAUGUGGAACCCAUCGACAGCACGUUACGCUUACUGCGAGAAGGUGCUCCAUUCCCCUUCCGAUUUCAUCGUCAGAUGCCGGCGCCUGCAUGUAACGGUUAUAUUGCCACCUACUUUAACUAUGUCGAGUCACAAAAGAUCAGCUUAUUGUUCCACACGAAUAUGGCGAUAUGUUGUGCUAUUGUAAUGGGUUCUAUUAUUAUCAAAGUGUUUUUUGGGGAGCUGUGGCCUAUGGAGAGUCAGGUAGGUGAAAAGACAAGGAAAAAAGGGAAGGGAAGACUUCAGGAAGUUGUCGUGUGAUAAGACAAUGACCUUCUUGCUGCUCGUAGCAUAUGUACGAUCGAAUGCUGAAUUUCCUUCUGUUCAAAGUCAUUUUUAUUGGUGCGGUCAUGGAUCCUAUUUGGAGACACAUCUUGCGAUUAUCGAUAUGGAUUGGCGUGCUUGGAUUCCUGCGCAUCUUUUGUUUACUGAGCCGAGAUCGCUUUGAUAAUUUGGCCACCAUUGCUUAUACUCCGCCAAA